AUUAGCGAUGGCUGAAUUUUCUUAUAUAAGGGCUUCACUACUUCUAUUCCAGCAUCACCAUUCACCAUCUUCCCUUCCUCUCUGUUUACAUAGACCUCUCUACAAUUCGUUUCCAUUCAAUUUUGUCCAAAGCAAAGCAUGUUUUCGUCUCACAAAGCAUCAACAAUGCUUGCACUUUCAUUAUUCAUGGCUUCAGUAAUGACCGCAGCUGCUGGAAACUUUCUCCAAGAGGUCGACAUCACUUUUGGUGGUCCACGCGCCAAUAUAUACGAUGGAGGCCGACACCUCACCCUCUCGCUUGACAAAGGUUCAGGGUCUGGUUUUCAAUCCAAGAAGGAGUACCUAUUUGGAAGGUUUGACAUGCAAAUCAAGUUGGUGCCUGGAAACUCUGCUGGCACCGUUACCACCUUUUAUUUGUCUUCUCAAGGCCCAGGACACGAUGAGAUUGACUUCGAAUUCUUAGGCAAUUCAUCUGGAGAUCCAUACACACUUCACACCAAUGUGUACACACAAGGAAAAGGAAACAGGGAACAGCAAUUUCACCUUUGGUUUGAUCCUACAAAGACGUUUCACACAUACUCCAUCGACUGGAGUCCUGAAAGCAUCAAGUUUUUGGUAGAUAACAUUCCCAUAAGGGUGUUCCGAAAUUGGGAAACAAUUGGCAUUCCAUACCCAAAAAGCCAACCCAUGAGAGUUUAUUCAACUCUAUGGAAUGCAGACGAUUGGGCAACAAGAGGAGGACUAGUGAAAACCGAUUGGACAAAGGCCCCUUUCACUGCAUCGUAUAGAAAUAUCAAUGUCAAUGCAUGUGUCGUGUCAUCUGGGUCAUCAUCUUGCGGCUCCAAGUUUACCAAUUCCAUGCAAGGUGGAAAACAGAAUGAAGUAUUAGAUGCCAAGACUAGGAAUAGAAUGCGAUGGGUGCAGUCCAAAUACAUGAUUUAUAAUUACUGCACCGACUUUAAAAGAUUUCCUCAAGGUGUUUCAGCUGAAUGCAAGCGCUCAAGGUUUCUGUGAUAGAUUGCAAGCCAUCUCGAGACAGUCCAUGAUUGUUUUCUGGUUCCUAUUUCUUGGAUCAUCAUUUCUAAGUCCGUAAAUGUAAUUCUUUAUUCUUUUAUUUUAGUUAUUUAUUUAUUUAUUUUUAUAUUUUUUUGCAUACAAUGAACAAAUAAAAUCCCAUAGUUCUUUUCACUUCUUGAUUUUCAUUAGUACCAAUUCCUCAAUCCAUGCAUUUCCACUCCCAAACGCAUGGAUUCUCUCGCUGCCUCUUUAUCAGACACCAAUAGCCAACAAUGAUUUUAAUACCCGCAAAUUUGCAGACUAAUAAAAAACCCAAGACCUCUAGUCCAUAUGUGACUUGCAAAAUGCUUAAGACAGGGGUAUCCUGCCCCAUGGCUUUGGAAGGGAGAA